AUGUCGCUUAGUAAUGACGAAGGCAGUCAAAGUAAAAGGCAGAGAGUAAGCCGUGCAUGUGACAUAUGUAGAAAAAAGAAGAUAAAAUGCGAUGGAACAUUGCCUAUUUGUAAUAAUUGUCAGCAACUUGAUACAGAAUGCACUUACAAGGAUACAACGAAAAAACGAGGUCCUCCAAAAGGGUAUAUUGAAGCUAUUGAGAAUCGAUUACAAAAAUUAGAAGGUUAUUUACAAACAAUUGCAGAAAAUAAAGAUAACAAAGAAGAUCCAAAAUUGAAAGAAAUACUACAAGAAUUACAAUCUCCGUUAGAAACGUCUUUUGGUGAACAGAUAAAGUCGAGACCACAACGUAGAAGGCAACGCAACAAGUUACAGCAACAACAGCAACAACAUCAGCAUCAUCAUCAAUCAGAUAGUCCACCCUUGAUUCAAAGUCCUACACUGAGUCACAGUGAUAUACCCGAAACACCUACUGAAGAAGACGAUGCUGCGGGACAGCUUACCAUGGACGAAACAGGCCAGGUGAGAUACCUCGGUAAAUCCUCAGGGUUCUACUUGCUAUCCAACAGUAGAACGUAUCAAAAUGGUGCCUUUCAUUUCUCAGGUUUCCAGCACAAGGUGACAAAAGAAUCAGCCAAGAAGAAAUAUCCUGUGGAUCCAUUUGAGCUGCCACCACAGGAUCUAUCAGAACACCUCAUUCAAUUAUACUUUCUUCAUUUUUAUCCAGUGCUUCCCAUGUUUUAUAAAAAGCGCUUGACAUGCCCUAGCUGCCCAUCAGAGCCCUUAUCUCCUCUUUUGCUGAACGCAAUCUAUGCAGUAGCUUCGAGAAUCAGCCCUGACGUUCGUGUGAGAUCUGAUUUGGCGUCUCCCGAUACGGCAGGAGAUGUCUUUUUUGAACGAGCGCGCUGCUUGCUAGAUGAUUAUUAUGACACACCCAAGAUAUCAACUGUACAGGCAUUGUUGCUACUAGCAAGUCACCAGAUGGGCGCAAUGAAACCGGCAAGAGCAUGGCUGUACAGUGGUAUGGCAUUUCGAAUGGCACAGGACUUGGGUUUGAAUCGUAAUUGUGAUCACUGGAACAUAUCACCUGAAGACAGGGAGCGCCGAAAGCGUGUGUUUUGGUGUUGUUUUAUUGUCGACAGACUGAUCAGUGCAGUCUACGGUCGAUCGUCCAACUUUGAAGAAAAAGAUUGUGAUGCGCCUUUCCCUUCUGUAGAUGACGAUGAAGCCAUUACGUCCAGUAAGGAACCGUCUAGACCACCAGCCAGUCUGCUUGAAACGUUUAUUCAGAGCAUCAAGAUAUGCGAUAUCCUUGGCCACGUACUUAAAAAUAUUUAUUAUGCAAAAGCCAAACUACACACGUCUUCACAGUACGCAGAUCAAAUCUUAACAACUCUCAGUCGUCAAUUGACUCGGUGGCACCAAAACUUGCCUAUGUCACUACAGUAUAAGUUGCCGAAUACGCAGAUAGGUGAAAAGGGGCCAGACCCUCCUGCACCUAUCUGUCAGUUACACUUAAUCUAUUACACUACAGUUAUCUUGCUACACAGAUCCUUUAUACCAGGACCAGCUCAGUCCAAAUCCUUGGUGUCACAGCCAUGCUACAAGAUAUGUCUCUCAGCUGCAUUAUCAAUAUUAGACAUUGUCAACAUCAUGUUGGAAGAAAAUCACCUGAGAUACCUUUACAAUUUUGCAGUUUAUUUCGUUUUUACAGCCGGUAUCAUCUUUAUCAAGACAGCGUCCUUUGGAGACCCUUAUGAUGCGUUUGAGGCCAAGAUCAAUAUCAAUAAAAUAAUGAAGGCACUGGAUGAGCUCGAAACGACGUGGAUGAACGCUGCUCGAUGUAGCAACAUCUUGGGCGAAUUAGCAGGAUUGAGAGAUAUAAGACUAGAAAGCAACGAAUACGUGCCGAAAAAGGAAGCCAAACAGCCAACUCCUCCUCCAGCUAUAGCUGUGCCCAAUUCACCGGAAAAUGGCACCGAGUCUGAAUCGAAAAUAGACAAGGAAUGGAGUGAUCCGAAAGAUAUGGGCCUUCCCUUGUUCAAUUCAACUUCUCAGAUACCUAUCUCUUCUGUGCGUGAUCGACGGUCGCAAUCACCUUCAUCCAGUGAUCCGAACGGUCGACAGUCGUCAUCACCUGAACGAUCUUCUCUUCUGGACAUCACACCAGCUAUGGACCCAUUCGCCGCACCAGGAAUUAUGGCAAAUCCAGCACAACAACAACAGCAACAACAACCACAAGCGCCAUUUGAUCCUUUGUCUUCGGCGUUUUGGGGUAUGCCAACCUCGUUAGAUACAGAUGCGUGGAAUACGUACUUUGGGUAUCUUACUGGGCAAAAUAACAACAAUAACAACAAUAGUAAUGCGCCCAUAGCAUCCCUUUUGCUCUCCAGCACAGAUGAUCUCUCUUCUCCGGUCACUUCUUCAUCUCCAUUUAUGGCUGGAACGCCAAAGACUGAAUCAAGAGCGCGAUCGUCUAUGCUAAGCAACAGCAUUUCACUAGAUUUGCCAAGCUCGCCUUCAAAAAGUGUACUGCUUGGAUUUUUGGACAAUGGCAAUAAUACAAAUUCAUCCUCGACUCCUGUUUUCGUAUCGUCUCCCACCUCAUUAGAUCCUAGAACAUCAUUUGAGUCAAGUAGUAAUAACAACCAGGCAUCUAAAGCAUCGCCAUCUAAUGAUAUAUUAUAUUGGUAA